CCGAAGCGGAACCGGUCUGUGCGCCUGCGCUGAUCCGCACACGUGCGCGGAAACAACAGGCGACCUCCGCGCGCAUUUAACAAGUCCUAGAGCGCGCUGGGCUCGGUUUGGGCCUCCUCUGUGUGAACGGAUCCUCCGGUGUGUUUGAGAGAUGAGCGACACGCACGAGUCGAGCGGAGGCCCCGGGCCCGCGUCUCACGAGCGCGCUGAACCGGCAGAGGGCGCCAGAGCCGCGGUGGUGAGUCCAGCCAUCUCUCGUUCAGAAAGUGAACCGUUUGUGAUCAUGCCCGUGUUUAAUGCGUCUGAUUGGCUGGACGAGUGUCUGCAGGCCAUACUGGAGCAGGAUUUCUCGGAUCGUAUGGAGCUCUCCGCGUACAACGACGGCAGUACGGAUAAUUCCCGAGAGCUGCUGGAUAAAUGGAGGCAGAGGUUUGAGGAGCGAGGUGUUUCUGUGCUGAUCUCGGGCCACAGCUCACCCAGCCCCCGUGGAGUUGGAUUCGCUAAGAACCAGGCGGUGCGUCAGAGCUCCGGACGAUUCCUCUGCUUUCAGGACGCCGACGACGUCAUGAAGCCUCAGAGAGUUCGAGUACAGUAUGAAGCCGCCGCAGCGAAUCCAAACACAAUCGUGGGUUGUAGAGUGUGUCGUGUUCCCGAGGGCUCCACUGAACGUUACACCCGCUGGAUCAACUCUCUGGAUCCGGAGCAGCUCCUCACACAGGUGUUCACGCCCCACGGGCCGACGGUCGUCAUGCCCACCUGGUUCUGCUCUCGUGAUUGGUUUGAGGAGGUGGGUGUGUUCGACGAGGGAGGGAAGGGCGUUCCUGAGGAUCUGCUCUUCUUCUACCAGAGUCUUCGUCGAGGAGGUCACGUGAUCCGGCUGGAUGACUGUCUGCUGGUUUACCGCUAUCAUGAACACGCAGCUACUCAUUCAGUGCUGGAGGAGACCAUCUGGAGCCUCCGCGUCGACUUCCUGCAGGAGCGAGUGCUGAGCCGGUGGGAGUCCUUCAGCAUCUGGAGCGCAGGGAAACAGGGCCGAAGACUGUACCGCAGCUUGAGUCCCGGCAACCAGAGGAAGGUGAAAGCGUUCUGUAGCGUAGAUGAGAAGAAAAUUCAGAAAGGCUUUACACAUACGUGAGGGUCAAAGGACCGACCCAAACCCAGGAUUCCUGUGCUGCACUUCACCAGAGCUUCCCCGCCGUUCAUCGUGUGUGUGAAGCUGGACUUGACCGGAGGAGUCCUGGAGGCAAACCUGCGCCGCUGCAGCUGA